AUGGGUAUCGGGAAAUAUCCGAGAUAUCGGCAAAAUAUUGGGGAUAUCGCACUUAUCGGGGAUAUAUCGUCGAUACAUGGGAAGAUAUGGCCUUACCCCCCAGUAUCGAUGUCGACAGUUGAAAAUACCGAUAUAUCGACAGAUAUAUCGGUGUAUCGGCCGAUAUUUCAAUCCUUGGUCACCACUAACUCUCAAAUCUCAGUCUCUCAUACCUUCCCUCUCAUCUCAUCCCCCCCUUCAUCCAUCAUUUUUGACGGCUACUAA